AUGCAACCUCAGAAACCAAUAGAUACUAUCUUUGAAGGGAUCAAGAGCCUGAAAAAUUUGGCUAUACUUUUAAAGGACUUGAGUAAAGAGAUAUAUCUUCGACCUGACGUGGCUAUCUUCUCCAAGUUGGUUGAACUGGAGCUCUUUUCCAUGGAUGGUAGGGAACUAUGCCAUGGUUCUUAUCCUGGUGAUUUUUUUAAGCAACAAAAGGAGCUGCAGUUAUCCAAAUAUGAAAAACUGGAAAGCACGUUAUUUGAUGGCAAGAUGGAGCUUUAUAAUCUUAAGCGCAUAGAUUUAUGUGGAUGUUCAAUGACAAGCCUUUUUCAUCCCUCCACAGCACAAAGUCUAAAGCAAUUAGAAGCAUUGCAAAUUAGAAGCUGUUUUGAGUUGAAAUACAUCGUAGCAGAGACCAUGGAUGAUCAUAAUCCUAAUCACAAGAAUCAUGACUCAAUGUUCCCCAAAUUGAAAGAUCUCUUACUCACAGUUUGUCCUGAAUUAGAAUUUGUAAUGCCAAUACGUUUUUGUAAAGACCUUCCGCUAUUGGAACGUAUGCAUAUUUAUUAUUGUCGGAAGCUAAAAUACAUAUUUGGGCAACAAUAUCCGAAGGAGACAGAUUUAAAUUUGGACCAAAAGGGAAAAGGAAACAUCCUUCAAUUGCUAGAAGAAGUGUGCAUUUGGGGAGCACCAAAUUUCAUCAACAUAUAUGCAGAAUAUGAAGUACAAAAGUCUUCUCCAAUUACAAAAGUGGAAGUUGGCACUAGCAGCUUAUCAAAGAAUCUUUUGCAUUGUUUUUGGCCAAAAUCAAAUGCCUCUACCAAACAUCAUCUUUCUGCUUCCAUGACCACCCAACUGAAUCAUAAACAGGCAUUAAAGGUGAACUAUGUUGUGAAUAGAGCUCAUGGACUUUUUACACCACCAUUAUACCCAUUCACAAGUUUGAGAAGGAUGGAGAUAUUUGGAUUGUGUGGGUUAAAGUCACUGUUUACCCAAUCUAUUGUCUCAUCAUCGAAAUUGCUGGAAUUAUUGCAAGUCAAAAAUUGCAAUACAUUAAAGCACAUAGUAACAAAUGAAGAGCGUGGUCAUGAUCAUGUGAAUGUUAACCAUAUCUUCCCCAACUUACGGGAGCUUUAUGCCUCAUACUGUAGCCACUUGGAAUAUAUUCUCCCAGCUUUUUAUUCGAAAAAUAACAUGAGCUUUCAAAAUCUUUCCAUGGUAACAAUCCAAGGAUGCAAACGACUGAAAUUCAUCUUCUGUGCAUCUUCCUUAAGAUGGCUGCAAAAACUGAAAAGGUUAGAGGUAUUAGACUGUGAAGAGCUAGCGAGCAUUAUUGAGGAUGAAGAGGAUCAGAAAAAUCCUAUGCCUCCGCCUCAAGUAUGUUUCCCAGAGCUAUGUGGAAUUAUAGUGAAGCAUUGCGAGAGUUUGAAAUGCCUCUUCUCUAAAUCAAGUGGUAAGCUUCCACGACUCUUGUAUGUGAAUAUAGAAGAUGUGCCUCAGCUUGGGCAAGUAUUUGGAUGGAAGCAAGAAGAGGGACAAAAGCCAGUCAUGGGGGACGUUCUUCCAAAACUAGUUGCAAUAAGACUAGUAAAAAUGCUAACUCUUCGCGCUAUCUGCCAAGAAACUGAUUUUCAGAAUGUGAAAAUACGUCAUGUGCGUGAAUGUCCUAACAUUUCUUCAACUUUAGCUAAUGAUAGCUAUGAUGCACUGCGUGGAUUUUCAAGGCCAUUUCAAAUACACUCUCAAGAUGAAGAAGAAUACUAUGCAGAAAUUUCAAACUGGGCUUUUGAGAUCUCUUCUCCCAAAAAGCCUCAAAUAGAAACUUCAGCUCCUCACAAGGAAGUCGAAGCCGGGAGCUCGCAAUCAGACCCAUCACUUGCUUUUGCCAUUACUGAUCCAUCUGCAAAAGGUGGCUUUGAGUUGGAAGUUAGCCAGCCUUGCAUUUCCAAAAUUGCUGCUUUUGAAGAUGAUAAAGUGGCUAAGGCCUUUGAUGAUUUAGAAUCCUCAUUGAAAAUGGAUCUCAAUCAGAUAGCUAACUCUAAAGAACAUACUCAUCGCCUUGAGAAUGCACUCAACUUCUUGUCCACCUAUUUUUGUAAAGAUGGAACUUCCUCUCACAGCCUUAUUAUUGGCAAAAUAGACUCUCUUCGAGAAGAAAUCCUAAAAUUUAUCUCAUCCUUCAAGCAAGCUAAUGAUAAGCUUGACAGAUUCACCAAGCUUCCAAAAAAAGAGAAGUGGGUAGAUGAAGAAUAUGCUCAAAAGAUGGAGGCAGGUAAUACUCUUGUGUCUGAAAUCCGCAAUACUGAGAAUUGUAUGAUUGAACUGGAGGAACAGGUCUCUAGAUUGCAGGCUGAAUUGAAAAGCAACAAAGAAAAAGAAUUAGAAGACUGUAAAAUCAAACUGUCUUCUCUUCAAAAGCAAAAGAAGGAAUGUGUUUUGGACAUCAUAAGGUUCAUGGAAGAGUAUGAGGUUGUGAAGAGAGACAAGUCCCAUGUGGUGGAUGGCCAAAUAAAAGCAAGCCAAGAAUUAAAAGAGUUGGAAAAUCAAUGGCCUUCUUGUUUGGCUGAUUCGAGGAAAACUGCACUUUUGUUGGAAAUCCUUCUUCAACAGUAG